CAAACUUGUGCAACUCCACAUGUGCCAUAUUAUCUAUGGUAACGAUAUCGUACAGUGUUAGUCAGUUUGAUCAUUUUAGCUAACGAAGCAACUAACACAGAUACACCGAGCUACAAAAAGAAUGUUAUUACUUGCGUUAUUCUUUGCUGGAAUCACAGCAGUCUUGGCUGAUGAUGAAGAUAAACAACAACAACAAAUCAUGGAUGUAGGAAAAUGUAAAUAUAUCGAUUACCAACAGCUGAAGGACAAUGAAGUUAAUAUGAUUGCUAAGCUAAUUGCUGAACCAAGUACGUGGGCAGUCAAGUUUGCUGCUAUUACCGAAGAAAGCAGAAUGCGUCUCAAUUCAAUGGUGUUCAAUGUUGAAGUUGAAAAGAAGACUGCUGGAUUUAUUCAGAAAAUAACUCACCUAAAAUUCGCAUGGCAGUUAUUAGGUGGUAAAAGUGGUGAAAAGUCCCAACAAGAGAAAGUGACAGCAUUUUCACAAGAUUUUUUGAAAUCAGCCUUACCUUACGCAGACCCAAAUGGUAAAGAUGCCAAAAUCGAGAUGAAGUAUUAUUUUCUGAAAAAGGAUACACUUACUCUCCAGAGACAUGGAAGCCCAAAGAAAUACGAAUACAUAUACAUCUACAAAUGCACCAAUGAUGAUCGUGUUGCAAAACCUAACAUCGACGCUCGAUAUGUCAUCUUUAGCGAAGGCGAUCUAAAUACAGAAGAGGUUAAAGACGUGGCCAAACUGGAUGAAGAAUUAAUGCAAACAUUUGGAUUCUCCAACAAAUUGGUGUUUGUAAUAUAAGCUUGUACAUUGUACAUACCCCAACGUAAAUGACUCAUAUUUUGUGUAAAAAUUUUGUUGAAAAAUAAAUAAUUGUUUGAAA